AUGUAUUCAGUAUCUGCUGUGCCUGGUGCUGUGCCAGUGCCUGGAAAGCCUGUCUAUAUACCCCAAUCCAAUGCUAUCUAUGUGUUCUCAUUCUCAAAGAACACGCAGUCUGAUAAUAAGCUCUCGGUGAUUGAUCUAAAGCAGAGUUUCAAUACCUUGCAACCGCUAGUGACAGAUAUAUCCUCGCAAAUCACCAAUGAUCAGUGCCCAGUUAUGCAUUUUGCAGCAGCCUUACCCGAUGCAGAUGGUGUGAGCGUCAAUGUAUUUGGCGCGGGAAGCAAUGUGAAUGGCGUGUACGAAUCCACCAUGACCAUAUGCCAAUACAACACACAAUCAAGCUCUUGGAAACAGAUUAUCAGCCCAGUCAAUGCUCCUCUGGCCAGACGAAACGCAGCCUACGAGUUUACGCAUACGAAUCUAACCUUUAUAUUUGGAGGAAGCUCUGAAGCCAUUACAGGCCUUAGUGCUAGUUCAUCCUACUAUCCAAAUUACUGGCACCAGGACGUCCCCAUUUACGAUAGCAAAGGAGAGCAGUGGCUCAAUACAGGUUUGACUUAUGCGAGUGGUCCUACCAGAGCCAAUGCAACCAUAACACAAAUUAGUGAUACAAAUGGCCAAUUGGUAGUGAUUGGAGGCUCCAUCAUAAACAAUAGCUCAAACGUGGACAUGGUGACAAACUUUCCAUUAGCUAAUAUGACUGAUAUUGUCGUACUUGAUCCUCGCACAUCAAGAUGGUCCAACAUCGGCGCUAGUGGCAGUGCCAUUCCGACAGCAAGAAAACAUCAUACAACCACAUUGCAUCCAGAUGGACACACACUCAUUGUGAUCGGCGGCGAGUAUUUUAAUGACUCUGGCGCAUAUCUGCUGAACGAUGUUUGGACUCUGGACACCAGAGACAUGAACAGCUAUACGUGGAGUCAGCCUCCAGUUCAGGGAGUAGGACUGUAUCGUUCCAACCAUACCUCCAUAUUGAUAGGUGAUCAAAUAUGGGUGAUUGCUGGUACCAACGCGUCUGCGAAAGCAGUUGAUAUCCAGCUUCUCAAUGUGACAGAUUGGACCUGGUCCUAUCAAGCUGUAUCCAGCUAUGCAGCUCCUCCAUCCAGUGACAAAUACCAAAGUGUUGGCGGCACCAAGGGGCUAAUAGGCAUCAUUGUAGGCGUAGUCGGUGCUUUGUUGCUUGCUCUACUGUGCGCUAGCAUUUGGUGGUGCCGCAGAAAACGAGUUAAGCCAUUCUCCAAAGACGGUAAAGGCGGCAACAACGCAUCUUUGCCUGUACCUUAUGUCGACGAUCAAGAUAUAAGCCAUUAUGGCGAAAGCCAUAGCCAGCAAAUGCAGUAUAACAAUGCCACUGGUAGUAAUCAUCGUCCAUCGCAAGAUAUCAAUGCUGUUCUAGUCAACUCAAAAAUUACCUCACAUCCAUCACUAUCAACGACAACAUCGCAUAACAACAUGGUAGCAGCAGCUGACUGGAGCAACCAGCAACAAACACUCACCAACCAUCCCCCAAACAGCAGCACAGCUGGAAACAACUAUUUUAACGCACCCAAGUACGGCGGCAACAAUGCAAUCCCUUUGACUCCUACAAUAAUCUCUCCUAUUGACAGGAGUCAAACUCAGUAUUACGACAAUAAUUGCUUUACUGACAGUGAUAACAACAUCUAUCAUGAACAGAAUUAUGGACCAGGCUAUGUGUCUGCUGCAUCCAAUGCUGCUGUGCAUCAAAAUGUUGUGGACAAUAACCAUUAUCGUCAGUCAUUUGGCUAUUGGGAUGCACCACCAUCACUCCAUUUUUCCAGUGAUGCUAGCAAUAAUAUGUACCAUCAAAUGGACAGUUAUCACAAUUUCAUGUUGGCACCAAUGGGAAGGACCGAUGAAUCUGGCAGGCCUAUUUCUUCACCCUCAGGAACGCAGCUACAGAAACCAAAUGAAGUGGACACUGUUUUAUUAACGUCUCCUGAUGCAUCUGCUACAGUUUACACGACUUCAACCGCAGAGGAUGAUCAUACAGCCACGCCAGAUAAUUUCUCUGGCUCAGAUGACCCUCUGGUUCAACAUCAUAAUAAUCACACUGCCACCAACAAGAAUUGA